AUGCUUCACUCUCUCAACACCCAGUCACAGAGGAAAUGCUUAGCUCUCUCAACGCCCAACUACAAGUUAAUGCCCUGCUCUGUCAACACCCUGCUACAGGGGCAAUGCUUCACUCUGACAACGCCUGACAAUUGGGGCAAUGCUUCUCUCUCACAAUGCCUGACCAGAGGGACAAUGGGUCCCUCACUCAAUGCCAGGACACAGGGCCAAAAGGGGCGAUGCUUCGCUCUCUCAAUGCCUGGCCACUGGGGCAAUGCUUCGCUCUCUCAAUGCCUGGCCACUGGAGCAAUGCUUCGCUCUCUCAAUGUCUGGCCACUGGGGCAAUGCUUCUCUCUCACAACGCCUGACCAUUGGGGCAACGCUUCAGAUACUUUGCUCUCUCAACGUCCAGACAUAGAAGAAAUGCUUCAGAUACUUUGCUCUCGCAACAUCCAGCUACAGAAGAAAUGCUUUGCUCUCUCAAUGCCCAGCCAAAAGGGGCGAAGUUUCGCUCUCUCAAUGCCUGGCCACUGGGGUGAUGCUUCGCUCUCUCAAUGCCUGGCCACAGGGGCAAUGCUUCAGAUACUUCGCUCUCUCAACAUCCAGCCAUAA